GUGACUGUUGGGUUUUAGCAGCUCUGGGCGCUUUGACCCAACAACAGCAGUUCCUGGAAAAUGUGAUUCCUAAAAACCAAGGAUUUAAUCACACUUAUGCAGGGAUCUUUCAUUUUCAGUUCUGGUAUUUUGGAAGCUGGGUUGAUGUGGUGAUAGACGACCGACUGCCUUUCAUUGAUGGAAAUUACUUAUCAGUUCAUCCCAGGAGCAAGAAUGAAUUCUGGCCACCUCUGCUUGAGAAAGCUUAUGCCAAAUUGCGUGGUUCUUAUGAGAAGUUGCACUAUGGUUUUAUCUCUGAAGCUUUUGUGGAUCUCACAGGUGGGGUACAGUUGACAUACAAUCUUGGAAGGACUACUGAUCAUUUGUUUGAAAUAAUGAAAACUGCUGCUUUAUCAGGCUGUCUCAUGGCAUGCAGCACUCCUCAAAUGAAAAAGCCGGGUAGCCAAAUAUUGGAGAAUGGAAUUGUGCAGCAACAUGUCUAUGCUGUUACAGAUGCCAGAGAGGUCCCUUACAUGUACAGGAAAGAACCUCUAAUCAAACUUUGGAAUCCGUGGGGCACUGAGGAAUGGAAUGGAGCUUGGAGUGAUCAUUCCAUGGAAUGGGAUCACGUCCCUCAAUCAUUCAAGGACAAAUUCUAUGUGAACAGGGCUGAUGGCGAAUUCUGGAUAUCAUUUGAAGAUUUGAAAGAGAAUUUUUCAUUCCUGUCAGUUUGCAAUAACAUGCCCACAUUCCUGGAUUUUGGUAAGAAGACGUCUUGGUCUUUGGUUUCAUAUUUCAACCAAUUAUCUCCAGAAGAAAGCAACUUUCGAAAUGCUCUUUCAAGAAAUCAAUAUUUCAUCAAAGUUUCAGAGUUUAUGACUACAGACAACAUUGUAGUAGCAUUGACGCAAAGACCUGCAAAUACCUCACGGAUGCUGGUACAUAUAGGUUUCCAGCUAAAAAAGGGUAGAACCAUAGUUCAUGACACGCAGCUUAAGGUAACACGAGAUAUCACCGUUUCCUAUCAACUGAAACCCGGAGAUUACGUAAUCAUUCCAAUGACAUCACCACAAAGCAAAGAAUUAAAGUUUCUUCUACGAAUCUUUCUAAGAAGUCAAGGCAAUAUAAGGGAGUCAAACAAUGAAUUCAGUUCAGAGACAACAAAGGAUAUGCUCAUCUUGGAUCCAGACAACUAUGAAAGCGUCUUCUUAAGAUAUGCUGCUCAGAACUCCUUCUUAGAUGCCUCACAGUUACAAAGGAUUCUGAAUGGUGUUCUCCUCAAAGAUCUAAUGGCUGGCCUGGGAACUGGAGAUGGAUUCAGCUUUGAUUCAUGCAAAAGCCUUUUAGCCCUGAUGGAUAUAAAUGCUAAUGGAAAACUUUCACUCCAAGAAUUUAAAAGACUGUGGAGAACUUUCAAGAAAUAUGGGGAUAUAUUUGGAAGAGAGGAUGAAAAUAAUUCUGGAUUCCUAACUGUUUCAAAUUUGCGAAGAAUUGUGCAUGAAACAGGCCUGCAUGUCACUGACAAAGUCCUCAAGCUCCUGGUUUUACGCUACGGAGACGCAACCCAGAGAAUAAACUUUCCUGAUUUUGUGUGCUGCAUCUUUCGUCUUGAGACAAUGACAAAGGCAUUCCUUAAUUUAUCAAAAAAUAGGGGAAGUAUCUGCUUUACUGAAGAUGAGUGGAUGACCAUGAUCAUGUAUUGCUAAUCUAAUUAUACCACUUUCGAAUACAGGCUGCUCAUUUCUCUGUGUUUCAAAAGAAAGUUAUGGAUUGUGAAGGCCUGUUUAAUUAGAGAUGGAAUAGAACCAGUCAAAGGCAUCAAGCAAUCUAGACAUAAUCAGAAGAAUGAAAAAGAUGCAAAGAAUGGUAUUCAAAGAAGAUAAUAGCAGAAAUGUGCAGGGAAAAAAAUGUUUACUACCA